UAUUUGGAUGUAUUUGAUGCAGAAGAUGAGUGUGAAGCUGAUGAUGAUGGAGAAUGUUCAUCGAUCAGAACUGAAUCAAAUGAAGACACCACUGCAGCUACAUCAACCAUUUCAUUGCAUAGUGAAGUGGUGCCAACAUGUCCUUGGAUUGAAGUUCCUGCUGAUCGAAUAGCAAAAUUGGAAUUACCGGAAAGUAGCAAUGAUCUACUUAUUGAACCGUCGUUAUUAUUCGAUGCACUUGAGGUCUACGAAACAUGUCGUAGUUAUUAUCGAUCGGUACAUAUUUCACCUUUCCUCUUCGAGGAUUUUUGCGCUGCAUUACGUUCUGAUGAACAAUCGAAUCUGCUCGCCGAAAUGCAUAUCAGUUUGUUGAAGUUGGCUCUAAAAGACGAUGAAGAAGAGCAAAUUGUACUGUCGGUACAGGAUACGAAUAACAGUUUCAAUAUACUUUUGCAGUUGAUCGAACCAAUGACUUACGCGGAGGUGUUACGUCAGUAUGUUGAAAGUGAUCCUGUGCGUUUCCCGAAGCAUGUUAUCGAAGCACUUAACGGAAAUUAUCCUUUCACAGGCGUACGACCACGCUUAACAGUGUUGUCGUGGUUAUGCGACAGAUUUUUGCAAUCACGAGAAUACAAAAAUAUCGUGCGCAAUGAGGGAAGAUUAAGUUCUGAUGAGCACUGUCGUGAAUGUGGUAAGCCAGGUGACGUGUUGUUAUGUGAUGGGUGUGAAGCUUGCUAUCAUUUGCACUGUGCUCAGCUCAAUAAAGUACCUGAUGGACAAUGGUUGUGUCAGAUUUGCAAAAUCCAUAAGGUACACGGUGUAACUGAUUGUGAACCGACACCAAAUCGCAGCAAUAAGCAACCGUUACGUAUGACACCCCUCGGUUAUGACCGACACGGCCGACGUUAUUGGCAAGAUGAUAGAGAUGGUUCGAUAGUGUAUUACAGUACGUUGCCACAACUGUACAAUUUGUUGAAACAGUUUGACAUUUACGAUUUUGAACGACAACUCAACACGAACAUUUCCGAAAUAUUACCUCUAAUCGCCGAGCAAAUGCACAUCACCAUCGAAUUAACCAUGAAACGAGCAGCCAAAAUCCGUAACAGUGGUGAACCGUAUCUCAUCGCAGAUAAUCUUGUUUCGAGACGAGAUCAAGAGGAUGUGGGACGUGCUGUGGCUUCAUUGAGCGAUAAUCGAGAAGUACAAAAGAAAGCAGUUGGUUAUCGACUUGGUGAAUCGUAUAGUUACAAGAAUUACGUGAAUCAGUACAGCAUUAAUGAUUAUGCUAAAACACCAUAUUUGCGUGCAAAAGAAAGGGACAAGAAGAAAUAUCUCUGUGGAAGAUUUUCACUCGCCGACGAAGGUGCAUUUGAGUGGACCGUACCAGAAGGUCAAAGUGUUUUUGGGACAGCUGCAAGUGUAUGUGUUAUCAUCCAAAAAAGUUUACUCAAAUUGUCAAAAAAAAUUCCCUUGACAUUAAUGCACAGAUUAUGGAAGAAAGAAGGACUCGAUCGAUUUCAGCGGGCGUUGACAACACUCGGCUCGGUUGAAAGUUUAAGAGAUAAUUUAUUGCGAUUUGAAUGUGCAAUGCGUAAACCGUUAUUGACAAAUGUGUGGUGGGGAACAUUGGGUCAUACACGACUGACGCGUAGCACCGCUGAAGAUAGGGAAGCGAAACAGAAAGUUGAUGCCAAAAAGAAGAAACAAGACAGAAUGUUAAUGGUCGCAGAUAUGGAUGAUGAUGAUUCGAAUAUAAUUUGGGUAAAAUAUACGAAAGUUGGUGGACCACCAAGGCAUAGCUUGUGGCGACAAAAAGAUGAGCAGUAUCGUGUGAAUGGAAGAGGUGCACUUGGAGGAUGGAUCUGGUUAUCGUCUACAUUACGCAGAAAGUUCCUUGCACUUGCACAGAAGCCGCCUUUUGGCAUUACAAGUGCUACACCCGAAUUAGAGUUGACGUCGUUGGCAGCCAGAAAAGCGUUUAGUUUGGAGUGUCUUGUUCAAAAGUUCACUAGAUGGAGGAACAUACAGCAAAAAACAACACAAAGAAAAGCACAUCGAACUUUAAUGCGUAAUUGCUAUUCGCCGAGUUGUCGACAAGGUUUAUUACCAAUACCAAUUGAUGAAUCUCAUUCCAAAGAAGCCUUACAACAGUGUUACAGUGUUAUUUGUCGAGAAGCAUCAGCUGCUUCAGCUGAACCAAUAACCGGAAUCGUUCAUGCUAGUGAUCCAUUCGUAUCGUCAAUUCGUAAAAUGCGAGAUGACAGUGAGAUUGAAGGGGAAGGAAAACCAUUCCCUUUACCGGUGCCGUUCAAUUUUCGUGUGCGAUCAACUGGUCAACAAAGUAUUCUUGUUCUUCCACAGAGGGCUUUGAAGCAUUUGGCACGUCAGGGUGGAUUAAAUAGUAAUUUCUUCGCUCCUGGUUUUCACCGAAUUGCGAAAAGCAACCCGCAUGUUUGGAAUUAUCCAUGCCAAAGGCCGUUGUUUGAUCACUGUUGGAGAUAUCUAACGUUACGAUCGCCCUCUUAUCAUGCGGUCGCGUUGUCACUACGAGUACUGUAUGCAUGUAUCCGUUGGGCUGAUAUGGAGCGUGAUGAGGACGAUGCAACCUUUAAGUUGACCGCAUUCUUUCAGGAUGUGCAUGUGACCGUACAUUUUCCGGAUCACGAUGAAGUAAGAACAGUAAUUGGUCAUAAAGAAUGGCCACCGGAUGGUUUCUAUGAGCAGUACAAGCUUAGAGUUCAGUUAAUUCCACUAGAUGAUUCAAAUGGGGCCGGUGAUGAUGUUGAUGAGGAUUCUGACGUAUAUCGGCCGGGUAGAGCAAGCGAUGGCAGGAGUUCAAGAAGGCGGAAAACAACGUUCAAAGCAAAACUAGCUGGUGUGAAUGGAGCUCAAAAGCGUGAUGAGACGAAAGUGAUUGAAAAGUGGAUCGAUGGUGUUGAAUUAAAAUUAUGGGAAAUUGCAGACUAUUGGAGGAGAAUGGAGUCAACAACAAGAAAAGUUAAUAGCCUGAUGCCUCCACCCACCUCUGUGACAGUAUUCGUUGAGCCAAUUAUAGUGAGAUAUGACCCUGCCAAGUUGACAGGCUUGGGUGACACACAGUAUUCACCUGCAUUAUCGAGGACAGCUCUCAGAAGACGCAUUCGUCCUAACCAUUACGAAGAUUAUGAGUACGGUGAUUUUGGAGACGAAUAUGUUGAUGUCGAAAGUUGUGAAACUUCAAGGAAAUUCGUUUAUGAAAGACAUGUUGAUCCAUUCAAAGCGGACUCCAGAAAGCCGAACAGACACAGCAGUGAAGAUGAUUUCGAAAAUACGCCAUGUAGGAUUUAUAAACGAAGUUGGGAUGGUGUGGCUGGUGGUGGUAAAUUUACUCUGAUGCAGCAGCAAGGAGAUGGUCAAAAAUUACAUCGUGUUGUGCUGUGUCCAUCAGAACCGCCGCAAGUAGCAAGAAGUGCAGACACACCACGUCUACUUGCAAACGCUUCACCAAUCGACGAACCACCAAUCAUCCCCAGAUAUGAUAACAACACUGCAAUGAUGUCAUCAUCAACAACCACUACCACACAACGUACCAUUUAUACAACCCCUUCGCAGCAGUCCUCCUCUACAAAUCGUACAGCGUCUCGUGUUUUGGUAAUUCGUCGUGCAGAUGGUUCAACACAUUUGAUUCGUCCAGUUGCACAAUCAACUACUAGAGACAGUCAAGGCAAUUUGCGUACGUUGAUUACAACUACGAAGGCUGGAGGUACAACAAUGAGUGAUGUGCGCAAUACAGCAACACCAAGCGUCAGUGAAGCAUCGCCACAGCAAGCAACAACCUCCGCAAAUAUCAUACAGCAACGUCGAUAUGUCAACGGAAGUCUUACUGAUCAUGCUGGUAUGGCGCAGUCUCGUCGAAUGAUCUCAGCUAUGCGCACUGGAAAAGCAGUGCUAUUAAGUGGUCAACCAGCUAGGCUGACAUCAGUGGGUAGUCAAUCAGCAGGCGCAGCACAAGCAACGUCUACGCCUUCAUCGGCAGUUUAUAUUCGAGGAGUACGACGAGGGGUAGCAUCAAGUCAGAUCGCCAAUAUUGCUGAGAGGGAUCCUUUCAUGAAACGAAUGGCUGCUGAAAAAGCAAUCAGCGGAACGCCAACCAUUUGUGCGAAUGGACCUACGGCUGCAACGCGUCGUUCAACCGGCAAUACUUACGCUGGAUAUUACGGUGAAAAUAGCAAUGAUCGUAUCGAUGUUGAAGAGUACCAAAUGCUCGCAGAACAAGGUUAUCGUCCACCUGGAAGGCCACCCGGCAGACUUACGUCUUCAUUUGGGUACGGACCAAGAGUGAGUCAGCAUCGUUCAUACUUACAAGGAAACAUGCGUACUGUCAACGUGGCACAAAGAGAUGAGCAAACUGCGGUGACAGCUGCCUAUCGUGCUACCACUGCGCCGGCAGCAACCACCGUCAUUGGAACGGAUUUUUGUCCAGUGAUAAAGUACGAAACCGUUGGACAAUACCGCCAGAGCCUUCAACACCAAAUGGAAGCAGCGAGAAUUGACCAUACUUCUGGUGGUGCUCAGAUGUUGGGAUCGCAAAUGCGCAAUGUGACAACAUAUAAGGAAUAUUGUAUGAGAAGAGGUAUUGAACCAAAGGAUCGGCACAGACUUCCUGGUGGAGUUCGCUUCAAUUUUGAGUCAAACGAAGAUGAAGAACGUGCAAUAGCUGAGGCAAUAGCGCACGAAGAAGAAAUUAUGCGCAUGGAAGAGGAGGGUAAAGGCGAUUCAUCAGCGGUUGAUUACCAAACAGAUACGCGACGUUGCAACGAUGAUCUCUUAUCCAAACAUUUGGUCAUGCGCAACGAAGCGGAUUCAUUUCAUGUUUCCACCUCCAGAGAAGAUCAACCGUUGAAUCUGACCAUCAACAAGGAUGAUCCGCCUGAUCUUGUCGUCUGCAAGCAGUUACUGACAGUUAUGGUGAUGCAAGUAUGCAAAUGGGAUUAUCAUUAUGGUUGGCAUAAAGCGCUUUUGAAGAGGGCGAAUGAAGAUGGGGCUGUUGACAGUGUUCAUCGGACGGUGAAAGCACGACGACAGUACAAUAUUCAAAACAAUGUUGAUUUGGGUGAGCGAAUUGAUCGGUAUAAGAAGGAAGUGAAUAAAAGGCGAGUGAAGUUGGAAGCGAAUGCCGAGCUCGAGGCAGGAAUGGUCACCCCUUGGAGGCGACCCCGUGGUAGACCUAAUAAAAUCGGUAAACGAGUCAGCUCAACCUCGGCUGCAUCUGUACCAACAUCAGUUGGAGUGCCAGUCGAUCCAAGCGAGAUAUCUCUUGGUACUAGUAACACUCAGUGGCCUCAGGUGAAGAUCGAAGAGCAACAACAGUUCAUAAUUAAUAGGUUGGGCAACAUGAGAUUAAUGUCGAUGAUUUUUAAUGAAACUUAUAUUUUGCAGAGUGGUGAAAGUGAAUCGGUGCAAGCAGCACCACAAAGCAGUCACUUGUCAGUGAAGGAUGAUGAAAAAUCGUACCUGAAAGCGUCGAUCAAAGAGGAAACUUGUUCAGUUUCGUCAUCAUACGAUGCAAAUGCUCAGUUGCGUUCAGUUCAAACGACAUCAUCGAAUCGUUCGAUUGCUAAGACAACAACCGCAGCAACUCCAUCUGCAGUUCAAGCACCAUCUCCGAACACUUCACCAGCGACGAGUCGUGAAGAUCGAAAAAAAUUAAAGAGAAAACGCGAGCCAAGUUCAAGUGAUGAUGAAAAAACUUGCUCAUCACCACAGAGCUCGCGUCAACGUGGGCGGCCACGAAAAGAAGCGAAACAAGAAUUGAAUGAAGAACCCUCAGUCGUUAUUACAUCGAAAAUGCGUGUGAAAGAGCGGUGUCGUGAUGAUAGUCCACAUGAAAUCGACCCAUCUGCCAGGCACUGUUUUACGUCGCCUGUGACGUGUGCUAUCGAUGGUUCCAUGGAAAAUGUGUUGGAAUAUCAGAACGAAAAUCGAAAAAAAUGUCAAGUUGGACGUGUGAAGAAUGCACCAAAGAACAGAAGAAAAGUGAACAGGAAUUAUACUGUGUUUGUCAAACGCCCUAUGAUGAUUCACGUUUUUACGUUGGAUGUGAUGGGUGCGAAGGCUGGUUCCAUCCCCAAUGUGUCGGCAUCACGCAAGCGUAUUGAAGCCGAGAAAGCAGCUCAAUACCUGUGCCCGGCAUGUGUGCAGAACACACAAAGCGGAUAUGAAUCAGGUACGUCGACGACGUCAUCCGCUACUCGCACACUGGGUCGUGCUGAUUAUCCUCUUCUAUGGAGAUUACUGGAAACACUCACCGAGCAUCGUACCAGUUGGCCAUUCAGGCAGAAGGUUGAUCCACUCAAAUAUCCUAACUACUAUAAAAUCAUCAAGAAACCGAUGGAUCUUGGAUUGGUGCAAAAUAAAAUCGAACGAUUAGAGUAUGAUCGAUUGAAAGACUUUUCGGCAGACGUAACACAAAUCUUUGAAAAUGCGAGGACGUAUAAUUCUAGAGAAUCGGCUAUCCAUCAGUGUGCUGAUAUUUUGGAACAGCACUUUAGAGAACAUUUAUUGGAAGUGAAAGAACAGAUCGAAGGAAGGAACAGAGAACGAAAUCAGGCAUCAGAGAGUCGAACAGUUGAUAGCUCGCUGGAUAUAGACACUGAUCAGUUGUUGAAUACUGGUGAAACUGUUGACCCAUCUGUAUUCAACGAUAUUAUUUGA